UUUUCAAUACUUGCUAUCCCAGUAAUUGUUCGUGCUGCACGUUAACUAACAUCCCUAGCAGCUUUACGUACGUUUACCAACACUGUUCGUAUACUGUUAGCACGCAGCUAAAGCGCUUAGGUCAUGGCUCCGUUUUCCAUCUGCUCCAAGUGCAAGGCUCGAACCCGUAAGGUUGUCAAAGAUCCAAUAACUUUGAAGGAUAUUUACCUAUGCCCCAAAUGCUGCAAGGCGAAAAAUGAAACGCAAAAUAUUGAGAAUGAACAGGACAGCAAAGAGCCGCGAAAAACGCAACUGGAACUGCCAGCGCUUGAACUGAAAAAGCUGCCACUUGCUGCCGUCGUCGGUGCUACCAGCCACAGCUCCAGUCGAAAGUGUACACCGCCCAUAAUGCAGACUGUGAUUAUAAAUGGACGCAAAUAUAUUGCCAUCAGUGCAACAGCCUCGGACAAUUAGACAAUGUACACUAUGCAGAAAAAAAAUUAAAUAAAUAACAAAACACGUGAUGACAAACAAACACUAUGACUUCCAGUGUUGGUUCGCGUACUCUCGGCAAGAGGCUGGUAUGCUGAUCACGAAUAGAACGUGCAAGCAAAAGUGUUGACAGCCAAACUCGAUGCAUGUUUGUCUCGAUUUUAUGGAAUAUGUUUCAAAAUAGUUUAAAAUAAAAUGCAUAAAAAAAAC